GGCUGGUUUUGUUCUCUAAAGUUUCAGACGAUCACUGCGGUGCUCAUAAUAGAGAAGAACGCAUUGCUAACAGACACCCUGAGGAAGCAUGUCGUUUGUGAGCACUCUGCGUCAGUGGGAUGAAGCUGUGGCUUGUGUGGAGCAAAGAGACACGGACUCUGCUCUCAGGAUUUUCCUCAACAUCGAAGAGAAAAGCUCAAAAAUCACCUACAACAUUGGCUGUCUCUAUUUGAACAGCAACGAGUUAGAUGAGGCUGAAAAGGCAUUUGAUGGAAGUAUUGGCAAAGAUGGGCACCUGGCUGUGGCCUUCUUUCAGAGGGGAGUUGCUUUCUACAAAAAGGAGAAAUUUGAAGAGUCACUUCUAGAUUUUCAACAGGCUUUUAAAGAGUUAAGAGGAAAUCAACUAAUAGAUUAUAAACCAUUGGGGCUGAGAUAUAAACUAUAUGCCUGUGAGGUUCUUCAAAACAUGGGACUGGCACACGCCCAGAUGGGAAAAUGGGAGAGAGCUCAAGAGAACCUUCUCACUGCACUGAGCCUCAGAGCAGAUGCUAAGUUCAGCAAUAUUGACAAUGCCCUGGAAGCCAUACUGAAACAGAAGAUUUUUCCCCUGGUAGAGAUUCAAGCAGGGCUGCUGUUUAAACCUAAUAAGCGCUAUGUGGCAGAACUGGAGAAAAAGGACUAUCUUGGAAAAGCCAAGGUUGUGGCUUCUGUUGUACCUGCUGACCAGUUUUCAGGUUUUGCCCCACUGCAGCCGCAAGUUGAAGAUGUUCCAUUGGCACCAAAAGUUCCAGAAGUGCUCAAGGCAUUUGAAGGUGAGCCACACACUGUGCUCUAUGAGUUUGUUCCUGAGACCAAAGAAGAGUUGGCCGUGUUGCCUGGCAACAUCGUUUUUGUUCUUCACAAAGGAGCUGACCACUGGGCAUCUGUCAUUUUCAAUGAGAAGCGAGGUCUUGUACCUUGUAAUUUUCUAGAACCCUUGGAUAUUGUUUCUAUGACAUCUCAAACAAUGCAGAUUCAACCCUUAACUGAAAAUAAUGAUAUUCCAGCUCCACCCAGAAGAGCACCACCCAGUAGACCAGUGGAAGUUUUAAAGGCCGUGAAAGCAGAGGCUAAAAACUCUGAGGAAUUCUCAGACUGCAUUGUGAAAGUGCACUUUCAGUUCAACAUUGCCAUCAGUAUUGCACCUGGACAAGCAUAUGAAGUCAUUCUUCAGAAGAUAAGCGCUAAACUUAAGAUGCCUGCAUCGACAUUAACUCUACAAUAUGCAGAGGAAGACUCAAAUAAGAGAGUGAUUAUUGAGGACUCAGUAAUGGAGGCUGUAUGGAAUAGUGUUAAGGGUGGUCGUCUUACCCUUUGGUGUUCUGUUACUGAGGGAAAGAGCAUGUCUCAUGAAAAAGUAGUUGCUCUUUACUCUUAUGAAGCUUCCACUCCAGAAGAUCUGGAUUUUGAACAGGGAGAUGUCAUCACAGUUCUUUCAAAAGUCAAUGAUGAGUGGAUUGAGGGUCAGUGCAAUGGAAAGAUUGGCAUAUUCCCAUCAUCCUUUGUUAAAGCGCUUAAUGAGGAUCCACAAUGAGACUGAAUCAACAUUCAAGAC